AUGUAUCCCAUAGAUCAAUCUGGAGAUAACUUGCAACCAGCAAAUGAUAUUGUAGAUGAGCUAAUUGGCUCAGGGCGUUGGCAAUUAUUGAUAACAAUAUUAAUAAGUUUUUGUGUAUUCACACAUAUGUUAAAUACUGGAACUGAAACGAUAAUGCGGCCAGAAGGUUGGUGGUGUAAAAAACCAGAUUUUCUUUAUAAUUGGACAAAUACUGAAUGGAUAAUCUACAGUCAUAGUGCAGAUUAUUUAGUGGAUGAUGGUUAUUUUCAAGGAUGUACAGUAUAUAAUAUUAAUUAUAGUCAAUUAGUUAAUAUUAGCUAUGCUGAAAGACCACCGAUAACAGUCACUGAUACCAUUCCAUGUCCAUACGGAAUUCAUUAUAGUACUGUCGGGGGUCAAAGUUUAGCAGAAAAGUUCAGUAUGGGUUGCGACAAUAGCACUACAGUACCAAUUGUAUGGCAAUCUUCAAGUGUUUUUGGUAGAGUGGCUGGCUAUAUGAUAAUGGGAAUUUUAGGCGAUUGGAUAGGUAGAAAAGUUGUUAUUUUUAUUUCAUGUGCGCUUUCACCCAUAACGGCUCUCAUUGUUGCCACUUCAAAUUAUUACAUGGUAUUUGUUGUUUCUAAUGCAAUUAAUGGAUUUUUUGACGGUGGAUUUUCCGUUUGCUUGGUCCUUAUUCUUGAAAUAACUAGCAAUAAUCGUAGGUCUGAAUUUUUAAUAAUUGCAUGCUGCAGUUUCGCUCUAGGAAUAGAAUCACCAGCAUGGCUUUUUUGCGUUAAUAAAUUAGAUGAACUUGAAAAAGUUAUUAAAAAAGGAUCCAAAGUAAAUGGAAAAAAGUCAAUAGCAGAUGAUUUAAAAUUAAUUUAUGUGGAAAAUGAUCUAGAGAGAUAUAAAAUAUCAAAACGACAACUGUAUCUGUGGAACAUACUAUCCCAAACAGAAAUAGCUUACGAAGUAAUUGGUAUAACAUAUUUAACAGCAUUGUAUGCCCUUAUAUUUGGUUCGUCAUAUUACUCGAUACUAGCAGCCGUUACCAAAUCAUACAUAGCAAACAGUUUGAUUGCAUUUUCAACAUUGGCUGGUAUGUUAUGUGGACAAUUUUGUUUACUAUUAAUGGGACACCGUAAAAUAUUACAAAUAUCAAUAUAUUUAGUAUUUAUGAGUUGUUUUAUGCUUACAAUCAAUCUUUAUGAAAUGAAACCAACCAAUACCGGGCCAACCAUAACAUUUCUCUUGAUAAAUGUUUCAGUAGUUAGUCUGAGUUAUGGCGUAUUACUUAAUUAUAAUGUUAGAACUGUCCCGACGUUAUUGCGUGGAAGUUUAUCCGGAAUUUGGAGAGCAACUUGGGCAGUAUUCGUUUGGAUUGGAAAUCAUAAUUAUAUUCAAUUUCCAACGACUGCGAUUACAUUGAUUUUAACAUGCAUUAUUGCUGGAUUUUUUAGUCUCAAUAUCAAGGAUUUAUAUCACCGUGAAUUACCUGAUACUGUUUUAGAUUCUAGUGUAUCAUUGCAGAUUUAUGUGUUCGUUGAUGAAUUUUACCAGUACUUGGCUAAAUAG